CAAAUCCCCACCUUUAUCUCUCCGUCUAUACAUACCCCACAGUGAGACAGCCAUAAAUACAAUCAACAAAUUCCCAAAUCAUCCAUUGUUUCGUACAAUUCACAUGCGAUUCAACACUUCCUAUAGCCGAAGAUCCCCAAUUUCUUCAUAUUUUCAAGCAACAAUGUCGCAAUCCCUCAAUUUCUCCAUAUCCUCGUCUCGGUCCCCGAACUCCACCAUUACAAGCCAAUCUCAUUCCAAACCCUACGUAUCCACUUUCAAUUUCCGCUUUCCUGCAAAAUUACUGCGUAAAUCGAUCUCAGCAUCGUGUUCAGGUCCAGAUUCAUCGUCGUCGUCGCCGGUGCUUCUCUCCGACAACGGCGGAGCAGCGGCGGUGGCGUCGGAGUACAAUUGGUCGAGCUCGAUUGAGGUGGAUGCGGUGACGGAGGCGGAGCUGAAGGAGAACGGGUUUCGGAGCACGAGGCGGACGAAGCUAAUUUGCACCAUCGGACCCGCCACGUGUGGGUUCGAGCAGCUGGAGGCAUUGGCUGUGGGAGGGAUGAAUGUGGCUCGGAUCAACAUGUGUCACGGCACACGGGACUGGCACCGGAUGGUGAUCGAGCGGGUGAGGAGGUUGAACGAAGAGAAAGGUUAUGCUGUUGCUGUCAUGAUGGAUACUGAAGGGAGUGAGAUUCACAUGGGUGACCUCGGUGGUGCUCCAUCAGCAAAAGCCGAGGAUGGUGAGAUAUGGACUUUCAGUGUUCGAGCUCUUGAUUCACCUCGCCCAGAGCGCACUAUCAAUGUCAACUAUGAUGGUUUUGCCGAAGAUGUGAAAGUGGGGGAUGAACUCCUAGUGGAUGGUGGGAUGGUGAGGUUUGAGGUGAUUGAGAAAAUUGGUCCGGAUGUCAAGUGCCAGUGUACUGAUCCUGGACUUUUGCUCCCUCGGGCUAAUCUGACUUUUUGGCGGGAUGGAAGCUUGGUGCGGGAAAGUAAUGCCAUGCUCCCUACUAUUUCGUCCAAGGAUUGGUUGGACAUUGAUUUUGGGAUCACAGAGAACGUUGAUUUUAUUGCAAUAUCAUUUGUCAAGUCGGCUGAAGUGAUUAAUCAUCUGAAAAGUUAUAUUAAAGCACGGUCUCGUGAUGGUGAUGUUGCAGUUAUUGCAAAGAUAGAGAGUAUUGACUCGUUGCAGAACUUAGAGGAGAUCAUUCAAGCAUCAGAUGGAGUUAUGGUAGCAAGAGGUGAUCUGGGUGCCCAGAUUCCACUAGAACAGGUUCCCUCAGCCCAGCAAAAGAUUGUUCAGCUGUGCAGGGAACUAAAUAAGCCUGUUAUUGUUGCUUCUCAACUGCUUGAAUCUAUGAUUGAGUACCCCACGCCCACAAGGGCUGAAGUGGCUGACGUUUCUGAAGCAGUUAGGCAACGAGCAGAUGCUUUAAUGCUCUCAAGUGAGUCAGCAAUGGGCCAGUUCCCUGAGAAGGCAUUGACAGUUUUGAGAAGUGUUAGUUUGAGAAUUGAGAGGUGGUGGAGGGAAGAGAAACGCUAUGAAGCUAUGGAACUACCAGUUAUAGCAUCUUCUUUUGCGGACAGUAUUUCAGAGGAGAUUUGCAAUUCUGCUGCUGAGAUGGCUAACAAUUUGGAGGUGGAUGCACUCUUUGUUUACACAAAGGCAGGACACAUGGCAUCUCUCCUUUCACGUUGCCGACCUGACUGCCCAAUCUUUGCUUUCACAACCACAACAUCUGUACGGAGGCGUCUGAACCUGCAGUGGGGUCUUAUACCUUUCCGCCUGAACUUCUCCGAUGACAUGGAAAGCAACCUAAACAGAACUUUCUCCUUGCUCAAGUCCCGGGGAAUGAUCAAAUCAGGUGAUCUUGUCAUUGCUGUCUCUGAUAUGUUGCAAUCCAUUCAAGUUAUGAAUGUCCCAUAAGAACAUGUAUUGUGUGUUCUAGUUCCAAGUCUUGUUUGGGCCCAUAUUAAUGUUAUUUAGAUUGCUUCUUCUACUGCUGUUAGUAAAAAAAUUUAUAGAAAUUAAUCUUGAGCCCGCCCUGUUUUUUGUGUUCAAUAGUCAGAUCUUUUUUCCGGCAAUCUUAAAACUCAACCUACUUUAGGUUCUAAGGUAUCUUAUGCAUUGUAAUUUUGUCCUUUUUGUUACAUCUGCCCAAAUGUAGCUUAUGUACUCAGAUAUUUUUAUUCAAUUAGAAAUCUCUAUUGCUUACGAA